UUCCCACCAGCCACGGUCUUUUCUUCUUGCUGUUUAUUCUUCAUUUGCAUUUCCAGCUAUUAAUUACCCAGUCGCCUUGCUGCAGUACUAGAAUGCACUUUUUGCGUUGAUCUGAUCUCCGCCAAUCUCGUUCUUUUCCACCACCGCGUGGAGCUGAUUUGAAGGCAGUGCAUUGUGUCCUUCUUUUCACAUCCUGAGUCCUCACUACCUCCCCUACCCUGCGCAUACAUCUCCAGGGACACAAUGCGCUCCACGACCAAAGUCUUCUAUUUGGCCGUGUUUGGCCUUUUGGGCGUUGCCAAUGCCGACGGCCUUGAUGGAAACCCCCACGAUACUUGCGCGAUUGACCCCAAGGCUACAGUCUCCGACGCCUGUGUUUCGUACGCGACCAUCGACAAGCUGAACGACCAGGUCUACGAUGUCCUCCACUCAAUCACCCAAGAUACAGACUUUUUCUCGUAUUACCGUCUCAAUCUUUUCAACAAGGAAUGUCCUUUCUGGAACGAUGCGAACAGCAUGUGCGGCAACAUUGCAUGCUCGGUGAAUACAAUCGAAUCAGAGGAUGACAUCCCGUUGACGUGGCGAGCGGAGGAGCUAAGCAAACUCGAAGGUCCUAAAGCUAGUCAUCCCAGUCGCAAGCUUCAAGAGGAGCGACCCAAGGAUCAGCCACUUCAGGGUAUGCUGGGAGAUGAUGUCGGAGAGAGCUGUGUGGUCGAGUACGAUGAUGAAUGCGACGAGCGGGACUACUGUGUCCCCGAAGACGAGGGGGCAACCGGCAAGGGCGACUACGUCAGUUUGGUUGAUAACCCCGAGCGCUUUACAGGAUACGCUGGGCCCGGUGCGCAUAUGGUCUGGGAUGCGAUUUACAAUGAGAACUGUUUCUUGAAGCCCGUGCCGGAGGAGCACACCCCGAACCUGCCUCAACUUGGUGACCUGGGACUCCAGGCUGUCAAUGACUUCCGUCAUGUGAUGCAGAAGGAACUCAAGCAUGCGGAUGGUUUGCCCUUGGACAAUGAGUGUUUGGAGAAGCGGGUUUUCCACCGGCUGAUCAGCGGAAUGCAUGCGUCCAUCUCGACCCAUCUCUGCUGGGACUACCUCAACCAGACGACCGGCGAGUGGCAUCCCAAUCUGCAGUGCUACAAGGAGCGACUGCACGACCACCCCGAGCGGAUCUCGAACAUGUACUUCAACUACGCGCUCGUCUCCCGAGCAGUCGCGAAACUGCAGAAGCACCUUCAGGACUACACCUUUUGCGUUAGCGACCCCGCACAGGAUCUGGACACCAAGAACAAAGUGUCACAGUUGACCGAUGUCCUGGCCAACCGGCCGCAGAUUUUCGACGAGAACCUCAUGUUCCAGGACCCCAGCGCCAUUGGCCUGAAGGAAGACUUCCGUAACCGAUUCAGGAACGUGAGCAGACUGAUGGACUGUGUGGGAUGUGACAAGUGUCGACUCUGGGGUAAGCUCCAGGUCAAUGGCUACGGAACAGCUUUGAAGGUCCUAUUCGAAUACGACGAGACGAAGAACGGGGAGAACCCUCUUUUGCGACGGACCGAACUGGUCGCUUUGAUCAACACCCUUGGCCGCAUCUCCCACAGUCUGGCCGCUGCUCGGAGUUUCCACCGCGCUUUGGAGAUGGGACAAGGCGACAGCUUUGUCAUUGCGGUAGGAGGACCAUUCGGAAACCAUGUCCCUGAAGGGAAGUCGAGGCGUUUAAUCAAGGACGGUGGCUCAACUUUCUACUAUGAAGACGAGAAUGACGAUGACUACCACUACCAUACCGAUAGGUUACCCUGGGAGAGACGGGCUAUGCGCGAUACCGAUGGCGCCCUUGACAGCUUCAUGGCUGAGUUUGAAGUGGUUUGGGGUACGUUUAUCUACGUCUUGAAUAGCUACGUCAAACUUCCUCGGACAGUGUACGAGCUCCUUGUGUUGGAGAUGAAUCGUCUCUGGAAUUACUGGCUGGGUCUUCCUGUACCACCACGUACGUGGAAAAUCAAGCUACCUGGCAUGCCCAGUCAUGACGAACUAUGAAUUCCGUUUGAUGUGUCGUCUUCAUGGGGUUGUCUAAGACUCCUAUCAUCGAUUAUCUGUAUAUAAAGCGAGGGUCAUUUGUACUUUAGGCGUUUGACAGGGCGGAUUGCAUUCUCGGAGUUAUCAUCAACCAUCGUGAAUAUAGGUAGCUAGCAUUGAUUAUGAUGU